AUGCCUCUUUUCCCGUCUCCGACCUCCAAAUUCCACGACAACACUUAUCCUUCUCUUCCUCCCCGCCGACCUAAGCCCUCUGCGGAAGGCAAAUCAAACCUCGUAACAGGCGGCGGCACCGGAAUUGGUGCAGAAACAGCUCGCCACUUCGCCGAAGCAGGAGCAGCUCGAGUCGCCUUGCUCGGACGCCGCAAGCAGCCACUCCUCGACACCAAGACUUCAAUCGAACAGAAGUUUCCAGGCACCUCCGUCUUCGUAGUCUCCGCCGAUGUGACAAAGAAGCAGCAAGUCGACGAUGCCUUUGAUGAACACGCCAAGGCUGAGAAGAUCGAUGUCGUAGUCAGUAACGCGGCAAUGACUGGUCCAAUUGAGCCUGUCGGCGGUGUCGGCAGCGAGGCAUUCAUGGACGCCAUCGACUUCAAUCGGCGAGGUUCGUUGUACGUUGCGCAGGCCUUCCUUCGUCAUGCAUCGGUAAAUGCAACCGCUAUCGAAAUCAACAGUUCAGCUGCUCAUGUCAGCUUCGGCCCUGGCGUCGCAUCUUACAGUGUCGCCAAGCUGGCAGUGUUCCGGUUGUGGGACACCAUCACUGUCUCCAAUCCAAACAUCAGUGUCUUUCACGUCCAGCCCGGAGUCGUGGAUACCGACAUGGACAAAGCGGUAGGGGGUGUUGCUGCUGUUGGUCACGAGGACCAUGUGUCUCUUCCAGCAAGCUUCAACGUCUGGCUCGCGAGUCCAGAAGCUCAACGUCUGGCUCGCGAGUCCAGAAGCUCAAUUCCUUUUCGAGGCAAGUACUUGUGGGCAAACUGGGAUGUCAAUGAACUCAAGACUCGCACGGAGGAGAUCCGGGACAGCGAGUUCUUGUCGAUUGGCCUCGUAAGGUGA